UGAUUUCGAAACUCUUGGCUUAUCUCUAACCUGUGGCAACCCCGUUGGAACCUUCGUGGAUUAUUUUUCUUUUGCAGAUGACCCGCACCAAGCAUUCCGCUAAGAGGCACCGGGACAACACCGGUGCUAGCUCCAGCCGGGCCAACCCAAACAGAAAUCAGCAGCCGAUUGUACCCUACCAACCCCAGUUUCGGGAUAACGCCCAAAAAGAGAAAUUUGAGGAAUUAAUGCAAAGGCGAGCGGGAAAAAUUUUGUUCCCCCAUUUGCCUACACUGGAGAAAGCCGGAAUCCAAGACGAGGUGAUGCAGCUGUUGUCCCGUGAUUGGUGGCAACAUCUCUUUUUCGGCAUCAAUGAGCCGACUUAUAAAGAGAUCACUUGCGAGGUUCUGUCUUCUUUCAAGGCCCCGAGGGAAAUCACCAACAGCUUUUACCCGGUAAUCAAGUUUAGAGCUUUCGGGGAGGACCAUGUACUUUCAGCCAAUGACAUCUCUUCACACUUAGGUUUUGAGCGAUUGGACGAUGUUGCCCGAUGGGAUGGGAGCCUUUUAGACUUUCCGAAGGAGGUGAAUCAACAACAGUUUUGGGAGUCUAUUACUAUUAAUGGGGGCAGGUACAACUCACAGACAUCGCCUAGUACAGUCCUACACCCACUCAAGUACCGUGUCAUCCAUGCCUUGUUGAGUUCCACAGUUUCUGGCCGCGCAGAGAAAGGCGGCAAGGUCUCCUCCACUGACUUUUUCUGUCUCUAUUGCAUGAUUCAUGGGAGGAGACCGAUCUUUGGCGCUCUCUUCGCGGGACUUUUUGCCAGGCAGGCUAGUUAUCGGGUCAAGGAGCUUUUUGCGGGACCAUACAUUACACGGAUGAUGAAGGCCAUGGGGUAUGGAGACCGCCUAGAGGGGAUGACAGUCGUAGAGCAUAUUUAUCCGAUGGAGACGCUGCCCAAGGAGAUUCCAGCUGGACGCCGAGCAGCUAGGCACGCAGAUGAUGAUGACGGUGGUGCUGAGGGCCACCAGCAGGCUGAGCAGGAUGACGCGCAUGAGAUGAUGCAUGGGGCCCCCGUUCUGCCCCCUCCCCAGGGACAUGUGUUUCCCAACUCUUGGGAAGGGAUGCAUCAGCAUAUAGAGGAUAUGUAUGGCCGACUUUAUGAGCACCAGCAGCAGUUUUUCACGCAGAUGAGCAACGAUGUUACUGCAGGCUUCUCCAGUCUUGAUUUGAGGAUGACGUCAUUGGAGCAGAGAUGGGACAGACAGUUCCCCGAUGAUCAGCAGCCACCCCCUCCCCCAUUUUAGAUUACGAUACAU